CUGUCUUGUAUGCUACUAAAAUUAGAUACAGGGAGAAGAUCCAGCUCACCGUUGAGUGGCGGUAGCGUGUUCAUGGUACAACCCACAUCACCAGCUGCAACUAUGUGACUGAUGAUUAGCAGUAUUUUUCAAUUAAAUUAUGAUGGACUCUAUUGGUGAAGGGUGAUAGUGCUGAAUGUGAAGGUCAUCUGCUGGUCAUGAGAGAGAGAGAAGUCCAGGAUAAUGAGGACUAAAAUUGAUAAGGACGUGAAGAAAAAGGACAUCGUUGAGCGGGACAGGGAGGAUGUAGAGAAGGCUGUCCUCCCUAAAACAGUCAAGAAAGUAAAGAAGUCGAAGAAGGUUGAGACUUCAGGGGAUGGUCAGAACUGUCACCCUUCUACUGCUUCUCCUGAUGUGCCAGCGCAGGCAGUUGAUGGAGGUGCAGUAGAAGUCGACAACGAAGGUCCCGAUGAGAUAGCGGCAGCUGUGAAUUCUAUAACAGAAUGUUUGGAUUUCAAUAAUGCUGUGCCCGAGGUGUGUGAAGAUGUACCUGCUAUAGAAAACCAUGUGGAAUGUGACAACUGUAACCCUGAACCUGUUGUUGCAACUUCAAAUCCAGUUCCUGAUCAGCCUGAACCGAAGGCGGAGGAACAGGAGUGCAAAGAAAACAAACCUUUGACUCCUGAACCCCCAACAAAGGAACCAGUAGCAAGUGUGUGUUCAUAUGAAAGCAUCAUUGAUGAAGUCGCUCGGGGCGAUAUCAUCGUUAAGACACCUCCAAGGAAACCGCCUAAGAAAAGACGUAAUGAUGACGUGAAAACAAAGGAAAAACUUCAUUUUAAUGAUAGUGAGAAAGUGAAAAAGAAUGUGGAAAAGAAAACUUCAGUAAAUGGAAAUGUGAAAAGUGAAAGUGUGUCUGAGUUGCCUGGUGCGCCGCUGAAGGAUGGCAGUCCCUCAGCUGUGGAUCAGGCUGAACCGAAACCCUGUGAGGCAGGGGCCAAGUCUCGAUCAAAGAGGACGCCAAAGAAAAGGAAGUUUCAUGAUGAACAAGAAGAUGAGAAAACACUGCCAGUUUCAAAACCCAAAGUUACAAAGAAGCCACAGAGUUCAAAGUCUAAGGGAAACAGCUCUGCAGAAAAGACAUCUGAUUCUCCAGGAGAAAAGACUGUCAGUCCGAAGCCCAAGAAGUCUCCAAAAAGCAAAAGUGCGAAGGGUAAAGUCAAGGAAUCUAAGGAGCCAGAUGCAUCAAGCAAACCCGACAUUAAGGAGCCAGUGAAGAAGGCGAAAGAGAAAAAGGCAGCAAAGAAAACCAAGAAAGAUGUAACCAGCAAGACAACGGAACAGUCUGUGUCAAAGGCAGCCUGUGAGCAGAUGGGAAGUCCAGACAACCAUGAGAAUGCACAGUGUUCUAGUGACAGCGGUAUUGGUGGAACUGACUCUGAGAUGAAGGUUGAGAGUGCAGUCAAACCAGCAGCAUCUGAUGCUGCCGGUGAUGCACAUCAAACUACUGUUGAGAACGUCACUUCUGAGGAGCAGGAGAAAAUGGAUAUAUCUGAAUUGACAUUGAAAUCAGAAUCAGCAAAUGCUGAGAGUAAAAGUGCAGCAAAACCAGAGGCUAAAAAGAAACCCAAAAGUUCCAAAGCCAAAAAGCCAAAAGAGAAGGGCAAAGAGAAGGUAAAUGGUUUGACAAAGACUGACACUAUAGAUGAAAAGGAAAUGUCAGACAAAACAAAACCACUGAAGAAGGCAAAAGCAAAGAAGAGGAAAUCAGAGGAAAGUGAGAGUGCAGAGAAGUCGGCGGAGAAAGUUUCAGAUGGUGAGCCAUCUGCUUCUGAGAAGCAGGUGGUUAAACCUUCACCUGAAAAGAAAAGAAGAAAAGUAUUGGAAAUGGUGAUGGUGAAGUAAAGAAAGUUGUGAAAAA